AUGGAAGAACAAAAAGAACACACCACAAUUGAAUAUAAAAAUCAAAUUAAUGAAGUUCGAAUAUCAAAUAUAUUAAUUGGAUUAUCAAGUGGGAUUAUUGGAAUUAUUCAUCUUCAAGAAAUCAUAGUAAUUAUUGGAGGAUAUUUUACAGAACAAGCAAAAGAAAUAGUUUUAACAACAAAAUUAAUUGGAGCAACAUUAAUUACAUUAAUGGGAAUUAUUGGAUUUGAAAUGAAGUAUCGAGGAUGCUUUUUGUUAUUAACAGGAAUUUCAUUAUCAUAUUAUUCAAUAUUUGUUCAUGAAAAUGAUUUUAUUUCAUUAUAUAAAACAGUUGAAUCAUCAACAAGUAUUGAAUGGAUAGGUGGAAUUACAUGGUUCAUAUUUUAUAUUGUUGCAAUACAUUUAUUUAAUAAACCUCGUUUACUUGUAUAUUUAAAUAUGAGCUUAGUUAUCUAUCAAUUUUCACGAUUAUUACUUCAUAUUACACCAAUUAUUCGUAAGAAUAUAAUAAUGAAAAUGAUUUUUGGAAGUAUUAAUAUUAUAAUAGUAAUUAUAUCAAACAUCUUUGCAAUAUGGAAUUUCUAUCCUUCAAUGAGAAGAUAUAAAGAAGAUAAAGAAAAUAAAAAAGAGAAAGAAGAAAAAAAGAAAGAAGAUUAA